AAGGACAGUCCCGGCGGCGGCACCGCGGCAGAUUCUUGGGGCUACAGAGCGGCAGAUUUUUUUGUGUGUGAAGCAGCCUUUUUCCUUUGGGUUUGGAUAGUGAAGAAGGGUCGUGGGAGAUUUUGGGGGCAGCGUCUACGCAAGUAACGCAGAAGCAGAUCUUAGGCUGCUUCUAUGGCAGAUUCCCGCAGCAAGAAAUCUGCAGCAGCUGACGAUGAAGAUAUAGAUCCAACGCAAUACUUAGAAAAUAGACAGAAACAUCUAGCAUCUCUGAGGGCAGCUGGUGAAAAUACAUAUCCUCAGAAUGACCCUGUUGCAAUGUCUGUCCUUGAAUGUGUAGAGCAGUUUAAAAACAUAGGCAAUGGGGAGCAUCUUGAGGAUGUUACUGUAAAUUUGACUGGGCGUAUCAUGAGCAAACGUUCAUCUUCUUCAAAGCUAUUCUUUUAUGAUUUACAUGGUGGUACUGCUAAAGUCCAAGUUAUGGCUGAUGCUAGCAAGUCAGAUUUGAAUGAGGAAGAAUUUUCUAGGUUCCAUUCAACUGUGAAGCAUGGUGAUACUGUUGGUGUCAAGGGGUUUCCAGGGAAAACUAAAAGGGGGGAGCUAAGUAUUUUUCCAAGAUCGUUUAUAGUCUUAACCCCUUGUCUCCAUAUGAUGCCAAGGCAAAAGCCUAAGGCUGGUUCUGAGGAGGCUUGGGUCCCAGGACGUGCCAGGAAUCCUGAAACAUAUAUUUUGAAAGACCAGGAAACUCGUUAUCGACAACGCUAUUUAGAUUUGAUGUUGAAUAUGGAGGUUCGACAAAUUUUUGAGACAAGAACUCGGAUCAUUAAAUAUAUUCGGCACUUUCUUGACAAUCUUGAUUUCUUGGAGGUUGAAACACCAAUGAUGAAUACGAUUGCUGGUGGAGCAGCUGCCCGUCCGUUUGUGACCCAUCACAAUGACCUGAACAUGAAGCUCUUCAUGCGCAUUGCGCCUGAGCUCUAUCUGAAGCAGCUUGUUGUUGGUGGAUUGGACCGUGUUUAUGAGAUUGGAAAGCAGUUCAGAAAUGAGGGCAUUGAUUUGACACAUAAUCCUGAGUUCACCACCUGUGAGUUCUAUAUGGCUUAUGCUGACUACAAUGACUUGAUGGAACUCACCGAGACAAUGUUGAGUGGGAUGGUAAAGGAACUUACAGGUGGAUAUAAAAUUACAUAUCAUGCAAAUGGGCUGGAUGAGGAUCCGAUUGAGAUUGACUUCACUCCACCUUUCAGAAGGAUUGACAUGAUAGAAGAAUUAGAGAAGAUGGCGAACCUCAAUAUUCCCAAGGACUUUUCCAGUGAUGAGGCCAACAAAUAUUUGAAAGAUGCAUGCACAAAGUAUGAGAUCAAAUGUGCCCCUCCUGAAACAACAGCGCGUUUGUUGGACAAGCUUGUAGGACACUUCUUGGAAGAGACUUGUACAAAUCCUGCUUUCAUCAUUAACCACCCGGAGUUAAUGAGUCCUUUGGCAAAGUGGCAUAGAACGAAGAAAGGCCUAACCGAGCGUUUUGAGUUAUUUAUUAACAAGCAUGAACUCUGCAAUGCAUACACUGAAUUGAAUGACCCUGUGGUACAACGCCAGCGAUUUGCUGAGCAGCUCAAGGAUCGGCAAUCUGGUGAUGAUGAAGCAAUGGCUUUGGAUGAAACCUUCUGUACGGCUCUUGAGUAUGGGUUGCCUCCAACAGGUGGUUGGGGAUUGGGUAUUGAUCGGCUAACAAUGUUGUUAACUGAUUCACAAAACAUUAAGGAGGUUAUUCUCUUCCCAGCCAUGAAACCUCAAAAUGAGCCAUCUGCUAAAGAGGGCGGUGCUGGAACUAGCAAUGCAAGGGCGUGACAUGAACCAGCAAAUUGCUUCUGGAGAUUGUAUGGCACUUUGGUUUUUUAUAGAUUGAUACAGAUUUCUCCGUAAACAUUGUUGAUUUGUUUGGUUUGUAGAAAAGUAAAGAAAUUGUGAUCUUGAUAUUAAAAUUUUUCUUUUCAAAAUUCAUAUUUCAGAUUUUAUUUGGGUUUUUUUGAGAAA